AUGAAUCCCGUAUUGACGAGCAGGCAGGCCGACGAACUGCACAAGUCGAUCGUUGCGUACCUGACGGCGAAUAACCUGUCCACCACCGCCGCUACAUUGAGGGAGGAGCUGAGCCUUGGAGAAGAUGUCUUCGAUGCGGAGAAAACAGCCAAAUACCAGAGCCUACUCGAGAAGAAAUGGACAAGCGUGGUCCGUUUACAGAAAAAGGUAAUGGAUCUUGAGUCCAGAAGCGUUGCAUUGCAAUCCGAGCUCGAACACUCAACGCCGGCAUCCCUCUCGAAACGUAAAGAUCCCACGAGCUGGCUUCCAAGAUCGCCUCCUCGACACUCGCUUGAGUCCCACCAAGCCAUCGUCAACUGCCUUGCAUUUCACCCGGUAUUCUCGUCACUAGCCUCUGGGUCCGAUGAUUCCACUGUCAAGAUAUGGGAUUGGGAACUGGGCGAGCUGGAAAGGACAUUAAAGGGUCACACGAGGGCCGUACUGGACAUCGACUUUGGGGGCCCAAGGGGCGCUAUCCUUCUCGCAUCUUGCAGCUCCGAUUCGACCAUCAAGCUGUGGGACCCAGCAGACGAGUACAAGAAUACCCGGACCUUGACCGGUCAUGAUCACAGCGUUAGUGCGGUCCGGUUCGUCACUAGCAGGCCUAGAUCCGAAAACCUACUUGUCAGCGCGAGCGGAGACAAGACGCUGAAAGUAUGGGACAUCACGGCCGGGUACUGCAUAAAAACACUGCAGGGCCACACCGGCUGGGUGCGGGACGUGGUUCCCUCACUGGACGGACGCUUUCUAUUGUCUUCCGGCACCGACCAGACGGCUCGGUUGUGGGACAUUUCCGCGGCAGACCCGGAAAGCAAGCUGGUUAUGGUCGGCCACGAGAACGGUAUCCGGUGCUGUGCCUUUGCCCCGCCGGCGUCCUACGUCCACAUGGCAGCGUUGGCCGGGCUGAAGAAGCCGCCGCCUUCGACCAGCACGGCAGAGUUCAUGGCGACCGGCUCCCGGGAUAAGACCAUCAAGCUGUGGAAUUCCACGGGCACCUGCAUCAAGACGUUGGUAGGCCACGACAACUGGGUAAGUGGUCUUGUGUUUCACCCAGGCGGCAAGUACCUGCUUUCUGUCGCCGACGACAAGACCCUGCGGUGCUGGGAUCUUGGUGACGACGGGCGUUGCGUGAAGGUGCUUGCCGAUGCGCAUGGCCAGUUCAUCACCUGUCUGCGCUGGGCACCGGGCAUCGUCAAGAAAGGGGCAGAUCAGGGUGCUGAGGAUACAGGGCCGCUGGAGAAGACGGCUCCGUCUGAGGUGCAGAUCCGCUGCCUUGUUGCGACGACGAGCGUGGAUAAGGUGGUGAGGAUCUUUGCCGAUUAG